CUAUCCUUGGUCAUAACGGCUUCAAAAGUUCGAGUCGAGUCAAUGCGACGACCGCGCACGCGUUCACAUUACCUUCAGAUUCUUGUCACUUUAUAGACUUGUCUGUAUGCGUCUAGUUCUGUUUUGAUACCAUUCACCAACAUACGCACAAUGUCAGAAACACCAGCUCGCAGGACGCGUGGGUCGACUCGAAUGAGUGCAACUCCAGGAGCACCGUCAGUCGCGGGCAGUCGCAAGCCUCGUCCUAAAACACCCAAAGCUCUGCCUGCAGUACCGACGGGAAAAUCGCAUGCUUAUGGUGCAGUUGGUAAGGUUGAGCUGUCUACACAACUCGAAGACCCUUCUGGCAGUGCUGGAGGAUUUGCGGCGCGUUUCCGUGCAGACAGAGGAGCUGCAGUGAGCCGUGAUGUCGGCGACAUCAUUGUUCCUGAGCCCUUACCUUUGCCCGUACCGAACAUAACCAAGGCACCGGUUGUCGUUCAACAGCCACGCACUAAGACCAUCACUUCAAAGUCAUCUGUCGCUGCCAGCAGUGUGCGAUCAACACCAAAAAUUGCAACACCCUACUAUCUCAAACCACAAGCUCAAGACAGCACUGAUGAUGACGGUUACGAUGACUUCGAUGGUGGACACCGACGCAAUGGUUUCCUUCCCACUGGCGGCUCUGCAUUCCAGCAAAGAGAACCGUCCAUAGGCGCUGAUAGUUUCACCGACCUAGAGACGCACUUUUCCUACGAGACAUCAAUGCCCCCUUCAACUAGAUCUCGGAGAGUCGCAGAAAUAAGACCCCCGCCGACAACACAAGAAAGAGAAGCGGCCCGACCAUGGAGCGUUUCCAUAUUCUUUGAGACGCUCCACCGUCGAUGGCAGAAUCUCGAAUUCUCGUGGAAGAAGCUUUCACCACUGUUCAAACGAAUUUGCCUUGCUCUCUUGACUGCACUCCUACUUCUCCUACUGUUUGGCCCUGGCAGGUGGCUCAGCCUCUUGGACAAGGGCACGAAUGUAUGUUACAGGGCGGGUGAAUACGCCUUGAGUCCCUUCUCAUCCAUCCAUCGACGAGCCUUUGGAUCUGGCCAGGAUGUUUUAUCGAGACGUAUGCAAACCUUGGAGCUCGAUAUGCAAGGCAUCAGACAUCAGGUUCGAGGAAUUGAUGCUGAAGGUCUCCAUCGUCUUCAGUCGAUUCUUCCCGAACAGAUCAUGGUGCGCAAGAAUUCUGAAACUGGUCAACUCGAAUUUCCUCCCGACUUCUGGCGAGCACUAGACUCAAAGUUGGAUCAGCGUGACAACGGCAAUAUUUGGGACAAAUUCGUUCAAACCAACCAGAAGAAGUUGGAGCAACAUGCUCAAGACAUUGUACAGAAGACACUCAAACAUCAAAAGGUCAUCAGCAGAGAAGAUCUUGCUGCUGCUGUCAACGAAAAUCAUGUGGCGUUCCAAGAGAAUUUCUCCGCGCAGCUGCAUUCAUUCGAGGCCUCCCUUCGCAAGAAUACAGAGAUCGUUGCGAGGAGAACGGUGUCGGACAUUAUCAAGCAACUUCCCGGUAGCAAGGGAUCAACGCAACUACACAGCCUUGCUCUAGCAAACAUCGCACGAAACACAGAAUUGAGGUUGCGCAGUGUAAAUUUCUUCUCUCAUACUCUGGGUGCCACUGUGCAUCCAAGAUAUACUUCACCCACUCAUCCUCGGCAACUCGGAGGCCUCUGGCACUGGGUCAACAGAAACCUACAUGAUUUCCAAGGCCGAGGUCAUCCUUCACCAUUUCGAGUUCUUACACCUUGGGAGGAACCUUCGGAUUGCUGGUGCGCUGCUGCAUCAGAUGACAAGGGAAAGGCCCAGAUCGGUGUUAUUAUGCCCCGCGCCAUGAAGCCAACCAGUAUCACUAUCGAACACAUGCCUUCUACUGGCACCCUUGAUAUCGGAGCAGCUCCCAGGGAGUUUGAAAUCUGGGUCAGGCGUCAAGCUGAUAUUGGAGCACCUCACGCCUACAACUCUCAUCCUAAUUGUGGAGAGCCACCUGAAGCCGGCCUCGUAUGUGUCGGUAAGGCAGCAUAUGACAUCAACGCAAUCAAUCAUAUUCAAAACUUCGAUCUCGAGGCCAAUGAAGCCAUUGGUUUUGUCGACUUUGCUAUCAUUCGAGUCAUCAACAACUGGGGACAAGACUGGACCUGCAUCUACCGUAUCCGACUGCACGGCGAGCCUGAGCCUAUCAUUGCCGUCAGCAGCACUUUGGGCGAGCUCUGAAUUCAUGGUCGAAGAAUUUCAGACUUGUGUCCUAGAAGCAUCUUAUGAUGAGAGGGGAAAGCUUUGUGGUGAGCUUCGUUUCUUUGAUUACCGCGUGUUAGAUACCCUGGCUCAACGUAGCCUCCUUUGCAUGAAUUUUCCUUUACCCAUGUCGAUUUGACCUAGGGACUUUG